UUGCCUGGCCCUCCCCUCCGACGCUGCAGCCACUGCCUCCUCCUCUUCCCAGCCCCCCAACUGGCUGGCUGUCCAUCGCCUGCUGCUGCUGCUGCCUCUGCCUCCUCCUCCUCCUGCUUCCCGCCGCCGGUGGCAGUGGCGGCCCUGUCGGUGGGGCGGGCCGGGGCUGGGCCGGGCUCUGCUCUGCUCCUCCAUGCAGCCAAGACCAUGACAGGCAUCGCCGCCGCCUCCUUCUUCUCCAAUACCUGCCGCUUCGGGGGCUGCGGGCUCCACUUUCCCACCUUGGCCGAGCUCAUCGAGCACAUCGAGGACAACCACAUCGACACAGACCCACGUGUACUAGAGAAACAAGAACUACAACAACCAACCUACGUUGCUCUCAGUUACAUUAAUAGGUUUAUGACUGAUGCAGGUCGACGAGAACAGGAAUCCCUGAAGAAAAAAAUUCAGCCUAAACUCUCUUUGACUUUAUCAAGCUCAGUGUCCCGUGGGAAUGUCUCCACUCCUCCACGCCACAGCAGCGGAAGCCUUACUCCACCAGUCACCCCACCCAUCACCCCUUCCUCUUCGUUUCGUAGUAGCACACCUACGGGUAGUGAAUAUGAUGAGGAAGAAGUAGACUAUGAGGAUUCAGACAGUGAUGAAUCCUGGACUACAGAAAGUGCCAUCAGCUCUGAGGCAAUCCUUAGUUCCAUGUGUAUGAAUGGAGGGGAUGAAAAACCUUUUGCUUGUCCUGUCCCCGGGUGUAAAAAACGAUAUAAGAAUGUGAAUGGUAUAAAAUACCAUGCCAAGAAUGGCCACAGAACACAGAUCCGUGUGCGGAAGCCAUUCAAAUGCCGUUGUGGAAAGAGUUACAAGACAGCUCAGGGUCUGCGGCACCAUACAAUCAAUUUCCACCCACCAGUGUCUGCUGAGAUUAUCAGGAAGAUGCAGCAAUAACAUGCUGGUCACAACUGUGCCAAGGAAUCCUCACCAGCAUUUGCUGAUUUUGAAGACAGCCACCUUCUCUGGGGAAGCACUGAGCAACCCUUUAAAGAAUUUACAUGCAUGCUUUACAAUUUUUCUGUAAUUUUGGAAUGAUGUAUCUUUGUAGAGUUAAUGAUUUUGUACAUUUGCACAUGUAAUCAUCGUGCUCAUAUACAUUACUUUGAUAUAAAGGUGCUAAAAGCUACAGGUUUUUUUUUUAAAAAGUAUUUCCCCCCCCCCAGAAAGGAGAAUUAGGGGAUGCUGUUUGUUUAGUUCUGUAGUGUUUUAAAAAAAGGAUGGGAAGAGGAAGAAAGCUUGGCACUGCAAAAACUUCAAGAUUGUAAUGUGAUUGAAGAAAUUCAACACAUCAGUUCCCAUGUGCUUGCAAAACCAAAACAAUCCCCCAUUAUCCACCUGGUUAAUAUGCCUUAUGUAAUAGAGUUAUCUGUGGGAUAGCAAGGUUUUAGGUAUUGGAAUUAUAAAUAAGAGAAUGUUUAACAUAUACUAAAAAUAUUUUCAUACUCAAAUAACAUACAUUAAAAGGUGUGCUUGCUGUAUUUUAUAUUUCUUGCAAAUUCUUUAGUUCUCUGAAAUGCUGAAAAUCUUUGCAUUUGAAUUAGUAAACCACUUUAGCAUUAGAAUUCCUACUUCUCUGUAUACAGGAUGUUAUAUGUUAACACCCAACCAGACUUCAAGGACCAAGAUCCCCUGGUCCUGUUAUUAUUCCCCAGUAUCUACUACUAAGAAGUUGUUAUGGAAAUAGAGUGCAAAUUUUAUGAGGGAGAAAUUCUCUUCAUCUUAGAUGAAGCUCUUAAAGCACUUUGUAGUUCUUGAUUGCCAACAAAUUUUAAUGUUUUGUGUUGCCAACUGUUGCAGCUGCUUACUAGUAUGGACAAGUGGUUGCAAAUAAAAAAAAAAUCUAGGCAUUAUUUAGGGAGGUACACUAUUUGUGUUUAAGGACGUUUCCAGUUCCAUUUACAGUGUACUUUCAGUGUACUUUUGUAUAUAUAAUAUAUAUUUUAUAACUUACUGUGGGUUGUUGCAUUCCACACGUUUAGCAGUAAGAAUUUCUUUCUGAACUUUUGAGACAUCAUGAGCCUUACUGAAAUGAAGUGCUUCUUGAAGCAGGUACUCAAAAAUAGCCCUGAAAUAAGCUAUCAUUGAGUUACUUGUGUCUGGACCAUACUUAAAUGCUUCAUUUAUUUUAUGCUCUCUUGCCUUCUCCUUUUGGGUAAAUGCUAGUGAAGGUUAACAGAUUUAGUAUGCAAAAGCUAUGUUAAUAAAAAUUGGGGGGCUGCCUCCCUGAUGAGAAAAUGUUUUAAGUUUUACAAGUACCUGUAAUCCUCUUUUGUGUAUUUUGUAUUUAUAUAUAACAUGGGAAAUUUGAGUCUUCAUUCUUUUAGAACAUAAAAAAUAUUGUGAGAGCAGAGAGUCUAACUAGCUAAGUAAGAUUGUUCUGAAUUUCUAAAUCUCUCAUAAUGAGGGUUGAAGAUUUAAAACAAAGCCUUGUUUAAACAGAUCCCCCAAACUCAUUUUGAAAAUGGUACAUCGUGUAGCAGAAAUGACAAUACCAAUUUACAGAAUGAUCCAGACAUAAGAAUUAUUAUCAGUUGCUUGGACUUAAAGCCCUGUUACCCACCUAACAUUUUGACCAUCAUUUAGCCUGUCUCAGUGAAUGAUGCUGAAGGCAGACUAACUUAAUUGAACAGUUAAAGUAAUGUUGUUGCAUGUUAAUUCUUUCCACAAUUCAAUCCAGUUACUAUUUACCUGCUCAUUGUGACAGUAUUAGACAGGUAAAAAUGGGACUAUUUUGUUAUACUGUGUAUAGUGAAAGUAUUGUACUGUGUCUGUGAAAAUGUGCUUUAAAUUAUAUUUUCCUAUAUUUUGUUGGGACAGAAUUCAUUAAGUUUGGAAAUCACAGGAAGUUUGUUUUAGAACUGAACACCACAAAGUGCAUCAAAAUUUCAUUCAAUAAAGCUGCUUAAAAAUGUAAAUUGAAUCAUCUUUAAUAAAUUGCUUGAC